UCAAAGUUCGUCAGGUGUGAUCAUAGACAGGAUCUCUGCUGCUGAUCUCGAACCGCUUCCCUGACAGACAACAGAGGACACCAUCUCAAAGUUCAUCUGGUGUGAUUCAGGGCUUUACAGAGGAUUUUCCUGUUACCAACGGCCGUGAACCGUGAUAUGAACCUGAAAGUGUUGUGCCUGUCUCUCCUUCUUUUUAAAGCCUCAUGUUUCAAUUUCAGAGAAUUCAGGGAUUUACAGAGGAUUUACCUGUUAUCAACGGCCGUGGACCGUGAUAUGAACCUGAAAGUGUUCUAACUGUCUCUCCUUUUUGAAGGCUCCUGUUUCAGAUCGCUUGUGUUGAUCUGUGCAGAUGACUCCAGCUCUUCACGGAGGGUGUUUACCUGUUUGCAGCCGCAGUGAAUAUGAACCCACUUAAGCUUCGAGUGACAGUUUUCUGCCUGUUUCUAUUUCUUUUUAAAGCACCGUGCUAUACUGAGUUUGAGAUUACUGUUCCCAGAGACACUGUCACUGGGUUUUACGGUGAGGCGCUGAUCCUCAUCUGUUCCUUCCCUGUGGACAGCUCAUGGGAUCUGAGAAGCACCGUUAUCACCUGGCAGCGUGGACUGGAUGUUGUUCACAGAUUCUACUACAGUCAGGACCAGCUCGACCGUCAGAACCGGCAUUUUGUCAACCGCACCAGUCUGUUCAUUCAGGAGAUGGCAAGAGGAAACGCAUCACUCAGACUGGACAAAGUCACUGUUCAGGACGCCGGUGUGUACACCUGCUCCAUCAGCACAAACACUGGCAGCCAGAAGAAGAGCUUUGGAGUGAAAAUUGCAGCAUUCUACUCUGAACCUCGUCUGCAGUUCUCAUUGUUAACUGAUGGAGUGAAUCUUCUGGUGACUUCAGAUGGAGGUUACCCUUCUCCUACACUGCAGUGGCUGAUGGAGAACUCAGACAUCACUAACCAGACACAAACACGCCUCAUGCAGGACACACAGUCAGGACUUUAUGUUGUGUCUAGUUGGAUAAAUCUCACAAAUGUAUCAAAUUCUUCUUUGACGUUCGUACUGCACAACAAACCCCUGAGACAAGACAUCAGGAGAGACAUCCAGCUCUACUCCGAUAAGAGUAAGAGACCAGGAGAGUCCGCAUACAGAUGUCAUGGGUGCUUCAUAUAUAUCCCAGUUAUUCUUCUGCUGCUGAUCGUGAUGAGUGUAUUGUUUGUGUUCAUUACAAGAAAAAGAAGAGAACAGACAAAACAAAAUGGCUUUACAGAAAUUAAAUCCAUAUUCUUAAUAGAAAAAGUUUUCAGGGCUUUACAGAGGAUUUUCCUGUUACUAACGGCCGUGGACCGUGAUAUGAACCUGAAAGUGUUGUGCCUGUCUCUCCUUCUUUUGAAAGCCUCAUGUUUCACUGAGUUUGAGAUUACUGUUCCCAGAGACACUGUCACUGGGUUUUACGGUGAGGCGCUGAUCCUCAUCUGCUCCUUCCCUGUGGACAGCUCAUGGGAUCUGAAAAGCACCGUUAUCACCUGGCAGCGUGGAUUGGAUGUUGUUCACAGCUUCUACUACAGUCAGGACCAGCUCGACCGUCAGAACCGGCAUUUUGUCAACCGCACCAGUCUGUUCAUUCAGGAGAUGGCAAGAGGAAACGCAUCACUCAGACUGGACAAAGUCACUGUUCAGGACGCCGGUGUGUACACCUGCUCCAUCAGCACAAACACUGGCAGCCAGAAGAAGAGCUUUGGAGUGAAAAUUGCAGCAUUCUACUCUGAACCUCGUCUGCAGUUCUCAUUGUUAACUGAUGGAGUGAAUCUUCUGGUGACUUCAGAUGGAGGUUACCCUUCUCCUACACUGCAGUGGCUGAUGGAGAACUCAGACAUCACUAACCAGACACAAACACGCCUCAUGCAGGACACACAGUCAGGACUUUAUGUUGUGUCUAGUUGGAUAAAUCUCACAAAUGUAUCAAAUUCUUCUUUGACGUUCGUACUGCACAACAAACCCCUGAGACAAGACAUCAGGAGAGACAUCCAGCUCUACUCCGAUAAGAGUAAGAGACCAGGAGAGUCCGCAUACAGAUGUCAUGGGUGCUUCAUAUAUAUCCCAGUUAUUCUUCUGCUGCUGAUCGUGAUGAGUGUAUUGUUUGUGUUCAUUACAAGAAAAAGAAGAGAACAGACGAAACAAAAUGGCUUUACAGAAAUUAAAUCCAUAUUCUUAAUAGAAAAAGUUUAAUAAGUCCAUAAUGCUUAUGUUACAAUAACAUACAUUACAUAGAUUUUUAUAUUGUUUACAAUUAA